AUGCCCAAAAAAAGCUUCGUAAUCAAAAAAUUAUUCGAAAAUGUCGAAAAAAUGGAAAUAGACACAGAAAAGUGUGGAGACGUCGAGGAUCAUCUAGGGAUGUCGUGGAAAAUCCGCUUGCUUCGAAAAGACCAAAAACUCAAGGCCUAUCUGGAUUGUCUGGAAAAAAUCGAUAAUCCGGAAUCGCUGAUUUCCACAGGCGGGAAAUUCAAAUUCAACGGAAAGGAGCAAAUCUUUUUUCAUGAUUUUACGAAAAUCGAAAAUUCGAAAUUGGCAAUUUUAGAAUAUUGGUCGCAGAAUUCGAAUUAUCUGAAAAAUGGAAGUGCUGAAAUUGAAUUUCUCGUAGAAAUCGAUACGGAAAAAUCGAUUGGUAUCAAAAUUGGAAAAGAAAAAUCGAGAAUUUUCGAUGAUGACGUGGCAAAAGAGGCUGUCUGUCUGUCUGAAAUCAAAACAGUGUCCGAUCUCCGCUCGAUUGUUCCAGAAGAAUCCAGCCAAUUCGAUACGGAUCCAAAGAUUCCCGAAAAAAACGAGAAAAAUCCGGCUGAAAAUGAGCGCCGAUUAGUUACUGUUGAACAUUAA